AUGUCGACCAUAAUCAACUUUCAGCUUAGGGCUCACAUGAGCCUCGUGGCUCAAGUUCAGACCGAUGCACCACAGCCACAACCAAUCCAACAGCAAGCGUCAAUCAAGGCAUUACCAACCAACCAGAAGGAUACGUCCAGCCAAGAUGCAGAGCACAAGAGCUUUUGGAGCUCGCCUAAUUCACCACCACCCAUCAAUCACGAUAACUUCGAAAAUCCCACCCGAGUUGCCACAGACAUCCGCAUCUCACUCAGGGGGCCCAGCCCGGAGGUCGAACAAGACUCCGAGGAGUUUAGGCGGCAAUCCAGAGAGAUCAAGAAAGACAUCCAAAGGAUGUCGAAAUACAAGACGAAAUCCGCUCAAACGAAGAUCAAGAGCCAGGCACGCCAGGAAGAAGACGAAAGGCACACGAGGGAAGGUUUGAUGUACGAACACGAAUUUCGACGUCGUAUGUCGGCCAACGAAGGCAGGGAAUUUCUGCUCGACUUUAUACAAGACCAUUUCCCAGAGCAUGUGCAGAACAUCACCAUCAGGGGCACCAAAACUCUCGAGGAAAUCAAGAUGAUCGGCAAUGAGGAUGAGCCAUCUGUCGGUGUGAGGCAGUGCCGUCGUCUCUUCAACGCGCCGGUCAUGAGCGAUCAGGUUGGCUUACUAUUGUGGCAGGAGCUGAGGCAAGGCGAUGCACUUGACCACAGCCACGAGACGCUCACAGGCGACGAAGCCGAAAGAGACGGCGUCGUACUACAGGCGGUGCGAAGGAGGCGAUCCAAGGAGCUGGACAGGCUCUUGACCGAGUACAUUGCGGAGCGACGGGUGGAACGAGAGGCGUCGACGGUCGCGGACGCUUCCUUGCCGGUCAAUGCUCAGCAGAACCGUGAAGUCGCGGUCAAGCCUUACCUUGGCAGGACCAAUUGUAACCAAGGCCCCGGGGGCAGAUCGGCGAUGAGAAUGCCAGAAGCAAUGAGUAGGGUGGCUGAGCAGGCCGCAGCAUGCAUAUCCAUGGAGAAGAAAGCACCGGAUGGGUUCCUGGGCGGAGUUAAGAAAUCCGCGGCCAAAGGUGUGGCACAGUUCGCAGCUGCGCUGGCGAGUGGCUAUACUUGA